AAGACAUUCAGCAUUUUCAUCUUCAAACAGUGGUUAUCGGGAUGACUGACAAGCGACGCCAUUUUUAGCAUCGCGUCUGCUAAAAUUUGUUUAGAAGUGAAAAACAGCAAAUAAAAUCACUUUUAAUAAGCAAAAAUUAGCAAAAGAAGGUUUAGCUUAUUCAGAAGAUUGUGCAAAAUUUUGUGUAAGAUGUCUGACUCUGGUACAUUUGCGCUGAACGACUUGGUGUGGGCCAAAAUGAGGGGAUUCUCGCCAUGGCCCGGCCGGGUAGUUGACCCUCCACCAGAAUUGAAGAAGAUUGCUAAGAAGAAUAUUCCGGCACAGUGCAUUUUCUUCUUUGGCUCCAAUAAUUAUGCAUGGAUCGAGAAUUCUUUUAUUCGGCCAUAUGAGCCCUUCAAGAGUAAAUUCAUUACAUCGUACAAAACUGUGGCAUUCAAGGAGGCAGUUGAACAGAUUGAGAAAUAUAUCAAAGAUCCAGAGACUUUUGAAGCUUCGCUGAAGCAAACGGUACCGGAUCCUAAUGAGCAGUUUGAUAAGCUAAGAGAGGAGGAGGAAGUCGUGGAAUCGCCCAAGCCGGUUGUGACGCCCAAGAAGUCAACUCCUAAAAGAAAAGAAAAACCAAAAGCAGCUACUCGUAAUUCCAUCAAAAAGGCUGACAAUGACAUUAUAACACCACCGGAUCGUAAACGUAAACGCACGUCGCACUCCGUGGAAAACAAUGAUGAGAGCCACAAUGAGAUUGAUGGAUCAUUUAGCCAUAGUACAAGUGGGAGGCGCAAUGUUGCCGCUACUGGACUCCUGAACAGACCUGCACCGAUUCCACGACCCGAAACUCCAGAAAUCGAUAUGAGUAAAGUGUCUCAGACGCUAAAAUCCAAGAAUAUCACCCCAUCGUCGCUACGCUUUGGCUUUCUCGGUCUUGGCAUUAUGGGGUGUGGGAUAGUGAAGAAUCUAAUCAAUUCCGGACACAAGGUAGUCGUUUGGAAUCGUACAUUCACUAAGUGUCGCACCUUUGCUGAGGCUGGAGCCCAAGUUGGUGAUACGCCAUCAGAUGUUGUUGAUGCCACGGAUAUAACAUUUUCUUGUGUGGCUGAUCCCCAAGCAGCAAAGGACAUGGUGUUUGGAAAUUGUGGAGUGUUACAAGCAAGUUCAGUAUCCGAGGGAAAAGGCUACGUGGAAAUGACAGGCAUUGAUUCGGAAACGUCAACAGAUAUCGCUGAUGCAAUUGUCUCCAAAGGUGGACGGUAUCUUGAGGCUCAAAUUCAGGGUUCCAAGGCGCAGGCAGAGGAGGGCACUCUAAUAAUUUUGGCUGCUGGUGAACGUGUGCUUUUUGAAGAGUGCCAGACUUGCUUCGAGGCAAUUGGAAAGAAUUCUUUCUUCCUCGGUGACGUAGGCAAUGCAUCCCGAAUGAAUCUUGUGUUACAAAUGAUUGCUGGAAUUUCAUUGGCGGGCCUUUCUGAAUCCAUGGCACUUGCUGAACGUGCUGGACUGCAGACAAAGGAUGUAUUGGAGGUCUUAGAGCUGACAAAUAUGGCUUCUCCUCUGAUUCUGGAGAAAGGACAUGCUAUGACGAAAGGGGAAUAUCCCACACACCACCCAUUGACACAUAUGCAGAAAGAUCUUCACCUGGCGCUGAGGAUGUCGGAAACCCUGGAGCAAUCACUCCCUAUAACGGCCAGUGCCAAUGAGGUGUUUAAGCACGCCAAGCGUCUUGGGUAUUCUGACCACGAUGCAAGUGCUGUCUACGUAAGAGCUAGAUUCUAACGUUAGGUGUUUCGUGAGCGCCAGAGAGAAACCUUUCUAUGAAAUGCGCUUUGAGACAUCUUAAAGAAGAGCUCCAAUCGGACACAUAAUACGCACUAAAUGUUGUUUUUAAUAUCAAACGAUGCAUUUAAAAACAGAAAAAUACUAUGAAAAUGAAAUUGUUUUUGGUUUAAAAUGCAUCAAUAUUUAGGACAAAAAAAAGUUGUAAAAUUGAAGUCGCUAUAACAAAGUACGGGCAUCUGGAUAAAAUUAUUUUACCCCAUAAUCUUUUCUAAGAAUUUCCAAGGAAAAAUUACAGCAAUUAGUGCGUAUUAAAAAUAGUACAUUUUAUAUUUUAAACAAUAACAUUUCUUUCAUUUUAUAAGGAGUAACUGGAUUAAAUUACGUUCAACAUCAAAAGGAUAAAAAUAAUUAUCUUCUAUGUUAAAGAAAAAAAAUUAAACAUGAUUUUCAAUAUGCAGUAUGAAUAAUAAGUGAAACAAACACAAAAAUUAAUUGCAGAUUUCGCAAGAAAAAAAGAAUAGAAAUAGUUAUCGUAGGUGAAACUACAAUAAAUUUCUAUAGAUUUGAAAAUUAUUUUAAUAAUAAUCAAAUCCCUAAUUUGUGAACAACUUUUAGUGUAACUUUGAAGUACCACUGUUUUCUUAUUGAUUUAAUGUUAUAAGUAACUGAAACAUGUAGUGUUUCCAGGGUUAUUAACGAAGCACAUGCUAAAAAAAACUGUUUAAUGUUUUUAUUAAAUACAUUUUUUCUUCAUAAAAUUUUCUCAAUUACCUAUAAAUGAGUUAGAGCAAUUUUUAGUUAAUAUGUAAAAGUGGAAUUAACAUUAUGGACUUUGGAGAAACGUGUUCUUUGAAAUCCCUAAAAGAAACAACAAUAAUUGUCGCAUUCUGCAUUACAUUUAAAAAUAUAACUAUACUUUUUUUUGUCUUUCCUCUCAAAAAAAAAAAAAACAAAACUGUGGAACACAAUAGAAGUUAAGGUAAAAAAAAAAUAUGAAAGAAUUGAAGUAAGGAAUUACAAUGAAUAUACAAAUAUAUUGUGUAGUUUUAAUAUUUUAUGGAAAAUAAAGAGGUUUUCUUGAAAAAAA